CGGGCGGAGCGCCGAGAUGAGCCUGGCGGAGGGCCGCGCCCCGCGGCGCACGGCCGGCAAUCGCCUCUCGGGGCUGCUGCAGGCCGAGGAGGAGGACGAGUUCUACCAGACCACCUACGGCGGCUUCAACGAGGAGUCCGGCGAUGACGAGUACCGCGGCGAUCACUCCGACAGCGAUGACGAGGUUGACUCUGACUUCGACAUCGACGAGGGCGACGAGCCGGGCUCGGAGCAGGACGAGGCCGAGCCCCGCCGGCGGCGCCGCGUGCUCACCAAGGCCUACCGGGAGCCGCUCAAGAGCCUGCGGGCCAAGAAGGCCGAGGGGCCGCGGGGAGGCGCCCAGCGCGGCCGGGAGGUGAAGGCCGCGCCCCUGGAGCUGCAGGAGGACGGGGGAGACAGCAGGAAGCACAUGCGGCAGUCCACCACGGAGCACACCCGGCAGACGUUCCUGCGGCUCCAGGAGCGCCAGGUGCAGUCCAAGAGGAAGAAGGGAGGGACGAGCUACGAGCGGCCCCUGACGCAGGAGGAGCUGCUGGAGGAGGCCAAGAUCACCGAGGAGAUCAACCUGCGCUCCUUGGAGAACUACGAGCGGCUGGAGGCGGACAAGAAGAAGCAGGUGCAGAAGAAGAGGAAGAUCGUGGGCCCCGUGAUCCGCUACUGGUCGCUGACCAUGCCGCUGCUGCCCGAGCCCGGCCGCGAUGACCCCGUGGACGUCGAGGGGCUGGACCCCGAGGCGCAGCCGCCGUCGCCGGCCAAGUGCUCGCGCACGUUCAUCUCCUUCAGCGACGACGCCACCUUCGAGCGCUGCUUCCCGCGGGCGCGGGCGCCGCGGCUGCCGGUGCGGGAGCUGUGCCCGGUGACGCACAAGCCCGCGCUCUACCGCGACCCCAUCACCGACAUCCCCUACGCCAACGCCCGCGCCUUCCGCAUCAUCCGCGAGGCCUACCGCAAGUACGUGACGGCGCACGGGCUGCCCAGCGCCGCCGCCGCCGCCGCUGCCGCCGUGGGCACGGCCGGAGGGGCCGGGGACGGCACCGGGGCGCGGCCCGGGCGGCAGAAAAUCGUCAUCAAACAGAGCGUGCCCAGUGCCUGAUCUAUGCUGAUACCAUAGAUUUGGGAUUUUGGGGUGUUGGGGAGUUCUUCCUAUAACAGCAGAAAAUCGUCAUCAAACAGAGCGUGCCCAGUGCCUGAUCUAUCCUGAUACCAUAGAUUUGGGAUUUUGGGGUGUUGGGGAGUUCUUCCUAUAACAGCAGAAAAUCAUCAUCAAACAGAGCGUGCCCAGUGCCUGAUCUAUCCUGAUACCAUAGAUUUGGGGUUUUGGGGUGUUGGGGAGUUCUUCCUAUAACAGCAGAAAAUCGUCAUCAAACAGAGCGUGCCCAGUGCCUGAUCUAUCCUGAUACCAUAGAUUUGGGGUUUUGGGGUGUUGGGGAGUUCUUCCUAUAACAGCAGAAAAUCGUCAUCAAACAGAGCGUGCCCAGUGCCCGACACCACGGAUAUGGGGUUUGGGGUUUGGGGUGUUGGGGUGUUCUUCCUAAAAUGACAGAAAAUCGUCAUCAGAGCGUGCCCAGUGCCCGACACCACGGAUAUGGGGUAUGGGGUAUGGGGUUUGGGGUUUGGGAGAGUCCUUUCCAGAACAGCAGAAAAUCGUCAUCAAACAGAGCGUCCCCAGUGCUUGACAGCUGGGGUUUGGAACCUGGGGUUUGGGGUGUGGUAAUGUUCUUCCUAAAACGGCAGAAAAUCGUCAUCAAACAGAGCGUCCCCAGUGCCUGAUCUAUCCUGAUACCAUAGAUUUGGGAUUUUGGGGUGUUGGGGUGUUCUUCCUAAAACGGCAGAAAAUCGUCAUCAAACAGAGCGUGCCCAGUGCCCGACACCACGGAUAUGGGGUAUGGGGUAUGGGGUUUGGGGUUUGGGAGAGUCCUUUCCAGAACAGCAGAAAAUCGUCAUCAAACAGAGCGUCCCCAGCACCUGAGAUUUGGGGUUUGGGGUGUCAGGUUGUUUGGAUUGACAGCUGUCAUGGUUUUGUUGAGGGGCUCCUUUCCCAAGUGUCAGCAGUGCCUGAAAUCCCAGGAUUUGGGAUUUGGGGAUUUGGGGUCACCCGUUUGAGUGAUGAUUUUUUGGGGGGUCAUUGUUCACCAGGGCUGUUGGAUGAGGGAAUAAAGUUGAUUUGGGGGUUGGUCUGUGUGGGGUGGUGGGAGCCCCUUUUUCCAGGAGUUCCUACAAUAAAUAAAGAAGUUUGCAGAA